AUGGCCAGCCCCGUCCCCAACUGGACCCAAGACGAGAUUGCCACCAACCGUGCGUUCUUCUAUGAACAGACCACCGAGUUCCGGAAGACCUGGUAUCCCCUCGUCCCCUCCAACGAGCUGCUCACCACGCAGCCAACGGCCCUGCGCCUGCUGGAGGAGCCACUUGUUCUCUAUCGCGACCCACAGACCAACCAGCCGGUUGUCUUUGCCGACAAGUGUGCCCACCGCAGCGCCCCGCUGAGUGUCGGCCGGAUCAUGGACGGCAAGCUCGAGUGCCGAUAUCACGGCUGGCAAUACGACACUGACGGCAAGGUCUCGCAUAUCCCGAGCCUGCUCAAGGACCGCUCGAUCCCAGCCAACGCCAAGGUGCAGACGUAUCCGGCACACGAGGCCGACGGAUGGGUUUGGGUCUGGCCAGGCACGCUCGAGGAUAUGCAAGACGUACCCAAGCCAAAGCUCUAUCAUCCAUGGGGCGGCGAUCUCAAGGCGAUCUCGGGAUAUGUCGAUCUCGAUAUCGAUCAUAGCCUGCUUCUGGAAAACUUCUUGGACCCUUCGCAUCUUCCGUUCACCCACGACACGACGAUUGGCAACCGCAAGCUUGCCAGCGCCAUGACGAUCGACUGUCAGUUCCAUGGCAAGUUCAUCCGGGGUCUUCAGGUCAACCCGGACUGCCCUGAGAAUAUAACUGCGGAGUUUGAAUUCCAUCCGCCCAUUUUGAGCCUCUACUGCAUCCCGACACGGAAGGGCCACUGUCGAUUCAUUUACGAACAGCGUCUGAGCUUUUUCGACACGGUAUUUCGAAUUCCCGUGGUCGGUAGCCUUGUUGGUUGGUACUUUCCGGGAUUCAUCAAAAAAAUCUUGAUGGAAGACUAUGCGAUGCUGACUGGCCAGCAGGAGCGCCUUGCCAUGGGGGCCAACGCCAUGAACUCGCCCGUUGCGGCUGACUUGAUGAUCAAGACGUACCGCAACUGGUGGAGAAAGGCCAUGAAGAAGAACCCGUGGUUCAAGGGCUACAGCGACGACAUCGAGGACAUUGUCCUCGGCGACUGCCACCACUCGUGUGCCAGCGCCGAGACCAAGGCCGUGCCUGCGACCUUGAGCGGGGAUGAGUAG